AUGGCGCCCUCCAAAUCUCGCGCUCAAGACGACUCCAAGUCGGAGACACCGACUGGCAAAGACAAGAACGGUGGCCAUGGCCAUUCGACAUCGUCGUCUACCAAGAUUCGCCGUGUGGGAAGCUCGACCGGCUCCCAGCUCAAGGAGACCACCAACGCUUCCAGCCUGCCCACCGCCCCGGCCGCGCCCGCAGUCUCCCAGACCACGGCUCCCACAGGGCUACAAUGGUCCUCCUUCGACCGCAACGUCCUCCACUCCUACCGUCGAGUCUACCGUCUCAACACCCCGACCGCCUUUGUCCACGACUACAACCGACGAAUCUUGACACAGCCGGGCAGCAUCGGCCUGCGAUCCCCGAGCAUGGCGAGAAAGCUAGACCUCAGACGACAAAGCAAAGAGCAGUUGGCGACUACAGCGCGGAAACACUUCAACAGCAUCGGCAUUCAAGAGAACGAUGUCAUUGUCGACUUCCUCCACAAGGUGCGGAACAAAGACGCCGCGGACCUGAUGCCCAGAAGAGCAGACCACUUCGGCCUUGAAAUGGAGAGUUGA